GAAAAAGCAGCUAUGGCAACAUCAGCGCUUGAGGCUUGAAGAGGGAGUCCAGCUGAAAGAGGUUAAGUUUUUCUUAUGGAAGAAUACCAAGUUAAUUCAUGAUGGCAUUUGCACCUCCAAAAAGCACAAAUGGUUCCAAAAUGCAGACAAAGAUGAGUACCUGGACACCCUUAAACCAUCAGCUUUUGAAUGACCGGAUAUUUGAAGAAAGAAGAGCUCUGCUUGGAAAAUGGUUCGACAAAUGGACAGACUCUCAAAGGAGAAGAAUCCUGACAGGCCUGUUAGAACGCUGCUCCCUGUCACAGCAAAAGUUCUGCUGUCGAAAGCUUCAGGAAAAAAUCCCAGCAGAAGCCCUGGAUUUUACUACCAAGCUUCCAAGGGUGUUAUCCUUAUACAUCUUUUCUUUCUUGGACCCCCGGAGCCUUUGUCGUUGUGCACAGGUGAGCUGGCACUGGAAGAACUUAACCGAGCUGGAUCAGCUCUGGAUGCUCAAAUGUUUACGGUUUAACUGGUACAUCAAUUUUUCUCCAACUCCCUUUGAGCAGGGUAUAUGGAAGAAGCACUACAUUCAAAUGGUGAAAGAGCUUCAUGUUACCAAACCUAAGACACCUCCAAAAGAUGGGUUUGUGAUCCCUGAUGUUCAACCAGUGACAGGCAGUUCUCCAGAGGAAAAGCAGUCUCCUUCAUCAGCGUUCCGGUCUUCUUCUUUAAGAAAGAAGAAUCACCCAGGGGAGAAAGAACUUCCACCCUGGCGAUCUUCUGACAAGCAUCCAACUGAUAUCAUUCGCUUCAAUUACCUGGACAAUUGUGACCCCAUCGAGCAGAGCAGGCAAGGAAGAAAGAAAAGACAUUCAGUGACCCCAGAUUCCAGCCGACAGUCACAUGAUAAGAAAAAUAAAUUGCAGGACAGAUCUAAGCUAAGGAAAGCCCAGUCACUGAUAUCCCUAAGUGCAGAACGCAGCUCCCCUCUGCAAGUCCCGGCGCAUCUCGCCUGGCCUCCUCCUCGGCUGGCCGGGCUCCCAGCCACCGAGGCGGCAACGAGAGUUCUCAUGCAGCACCUUCAGAGACACUCUGACCUUCAGUCGUUACCUGUCCAGGCUCCAGAGCUGAAGCUGAUUUAA